AUGUCUACUCUAUCAAGUUUGAUACUUGUUUUUCUAUCAAUUGCAUCUGUAUUUUCAUUUACUUUACGGCAAUCACAUAAUGAUAAUAUGUGUAAAACAAUGGGUAGUAUUUUAUGUAUAAAAGAAGAAUUAGCUAUAAUUGCAACAGUAGCCAAGGGUAUUGCACGUGCAUCCCAUGAAAUAGAAGAAACUAUUGAACAAACAAAAGCUCUUGAAACACUUAAUCUACAUGUUAAUAUGGAAAUUAAUUAUACACAAUUUAAUGUACCAAUACCAGAAUACCAUAAUGAAUUUUUUCAAGUUAAUAAUAUUGAUAAAGAAUUUUUACGUGAACUUUUUUUCGAAGCACAUAAUGCUAUGCUUUUCUAUUAUAAUUCAAUAGAGGAUUUACUUAAUUUAAAAGUUGAAUAUGCCGACCCAAUUGAUCAAUCAAUUAAAAAAAUACAAGAUUCUUUAAGAUAUGAAAUAAUUUGUCGGUAUCGAAGUGCCCUUAAUGCUUUUUCUCAAAAAUGGAAAUCAGUCAAUGAAAUUGGUCGAAUAAAUUUUUCAAGACAACAUCGUCUUGCUCCAUCAUUUACUCAUCAUAUACAUUCAGUAGUUAUUGUUCGAUAUUUACAACAAUGGAUGAAAUUAAUCAAUUCUGUUAUUGUUAAUCUUGAAAGUAAAUUUUUUUAA